ACCGCAUCUUCACUCUCUAAAACUGUCUGCCUUCCUGCCUUCGACCUCAAAAGCUUCCUGGAGAACUUGACGAGUCCACCCUUUGACCUCAACAACAAACACCUCUUUGACCCAUCCGCCUUGCCCAGCAUGGCGUUCUAUCAACAGGCACAGGCACAGCAGCCUGACGUUGCCUUCUUCACCGAGAUGAUGGACGAGCCCCAACGUCCUCGCAUGGGAACCAGAGACGCCGCCAAGAUGAUCGCAAGGCAACGACAAGAAAUCAUCGCCAACGAACUGUCUCGAUUGGCAGGUGACGAGUACCUCGAAGAUAUCAUGAAGCACAUGAGGCACAUGGAGGACGAGACUUUGCCCGAUGCGAACCUGAUUGAUAUGCAGCGCGAGAUUCAGUGGUACAUGAGGCCGUACCUCAUCGACUUCCUCAUUGAGGCCCAUGCUGCCUUCGCCCUUCUCCCGGAGACCCUGUUCCUCACUGUCAACCUUCUCGACAGGUACUGUUCCAAGAGAGUCGUCUACAAGCAGCACUACCAGCUUGUCGGAUGCGCCGCGCUUCUCAUUGCCGCCAAGUACGGAGACAAGAAGGAUCGCGUCCCCCAGAUUCACGAGCUCAACAACAUGUGCUGCGGACUCUACGACGCUGGCAUGUUCACUCAGAUGGAGAUGCAUGUGCUCAACACGUUGGAAUGGACGAUUGGUCACCCAACCGUGGACUUCUUCUCGCAACUGAUUGUAGCAGAGGAGCAUGACAGGGUCGAGGUUGAACACAUGGCCGCAUACAUUUGCGAGAUUGCGCUGUACCACCGCGAUUUCGUUUCAUCAAAGCCCUCGGUCAUGGCGCGCUCAUCACUAGCCCUGGCCCGCGCCAUCCUGGGUGAGCCUGAGGUCAACGAUGGCGAGUGGGAUCACGUCGACAAUAUCACGUUGCUGACUCUCUCUCAACACCUUCACCAGCCUCCGUCGCCCUCUGUUGUAGAACCGGAUUCAACGGCUGAAUCCGGCAAGCCUCUUUUUCUCUUCUUGCACAAACAACACGCGGAAACCGACAUGGACAACGGUUCAGACUGUAGGAUCAGCGCACACGGUCCAGUGGAGGAAGCCUCGGUGAGAAUCAGGGACGGGCAGGGGCGACAGCCGCAGACGGAAUAUGCGCUUGCUGUUGCAAGGGGGAAGGAAGCGUAUGGCCGGCCCAAGGACGCCGGCCAGUGGUGGCAACACUUUCUGGCCACUAAUAUCUUGGAGGACCGGCCACUUGAACAUAUGGGAAGGAUAUUUGCGGCGGCUCGUCUGCUGGGAUACGGCAGGGAGCUUGCGGGCUGCAGGAGGCGCCAUUCAUGCGUUUAGGACGGAAGCGAACAACUUUCGCCCAAGAACGGACGGAUAGGAGAGAGCGGGCUCACAGUUGAGCU